CAGAGUUGUUUUGAUCUGUCAACCCGAAAAAAAAAAAAUCAGGCGACCGAGCUACUGUUUCCAAAAAGGAUUUGAGGUGUCACUGUGAUCAAACAUUUAGCGCAGACCGGUUUGUUUUUGACGAACACGAAGAUAUUUUUCGCGCAGUCGUUUUGCUUCAGGUUUUCAGAGUCUGCCUGUUUUUGUUGUGCGCUGCAUCAGGCUACAAGCCAACGUCCCUCGACGUUUACACUUAACGUUAGCUGACGGCUUAGCGGCGUGUUGCCAGCUAGCAUAGCAGUAGGUCGACUGUAGGGCGUAUAUAACUGCAUGGUUAUACCGUGUAAAUACCGUGUUAUAGCUUAGCUCUGUACCUGACUCUGCAGUGACAUUGCAAGCCACUGUAACCAUCCUCCUCCUUAGCAGCUAGCUGAUUCCUCCUCUUCCUGCGUGUUUAUCUACAUGCCGACGGCAGCGGUGACAGAAAUGUCUAACAAAUAUGUGAGGACAACGUAAAGUGAUGUAAGCACUGGACAGAUAGAAGCGAUGAAGCCCGAACAUCAGUAUCUUGCUAUGGCUGAGGAUGGAGAGCUGAGUCCAGUGGGAGGACGCGCUGGCUCAUCAGGCCGUCCGGGCCGACAGACCUACAGAAGUUCAGCCCAUUUCCGCAGCCUGGUGGACGGCCUGCUGGCUCUCAGACAAAGUGACAUCCUGUUUGAUGUGGUGCUGCUGGUGGAGGGAAGACCCAUCAAAGCCCACCGUGUACUUCUGGCAGCCUCUUGCGAUUAUUUUAGGGGGAUGUUUGCUGGAGGCCUUCGGGAGACACAGCAAAAGGAGAUUCCAAUUCAUGGCGUAUCUCACAUGGCCAUGAAAAAAAUACUUGACUACAUCUACACCUCAGAGAUUGAGUUAGACCUGGAGUGUGUUCAGGAAGUGCUGACAGCUGCCACACUGGUACAGCUUGAGAAUGUCAUUGGCUUCUGCUGUGAUUUCCUCCUCUCCUGGAUGGAUGAGAACAACAUUUUAGAAGUUCAUCAUCUAGCUGAUCUGUAUGGACUGCAGCAACUUAAUGCCAGGAUCCAUCGCUACAUGCUCAGGAACAUUCAGACUUUGUCUCGAACUGACGUGUACCGACAGCUGCCCCAAGACGAAGUCUUCAGAGCACUGAGCAGCGACGAGCUCCAGGUGAACAGUGAGAACGAGGUGUACGAGGCUGCGCUUCACUACCACUACAGUCCCGAGGAGGUGGAAACUGACCGGGUGUACUUACAGGUCAGUCCCAAGGACAAUCUCAAGAUGCUUGACGCUGUGCGUUUCUGCCUGAUUGAGAAACACGUGUUGCAGAGACUGUAUGGCAGGCUGAACCAGUGUCCGCUGAAGGAUUCGGUUUCAGCUGCCCUGCGUUACCACGAGCAGGAGAUCAGGCAGCCCGUCCUGCAGAGUCCUCUCACCCAGCCGCGGUCCACCUUCCACUGUAUAUUGGGCUUCGGGGGGAUGUUCACCUCCAGCUCCCUCACAGACAGCGAGCACUUGUUUCAGGUGUUCCACCCGAGCUGGAGGGAGUGGAGGGCUCUCACUGCAGCUCACACGCCCCGAAUGUCCAACCAGGGCAUCGCGGUGCUCAACAACUUUGUUUAUCUCAUCGGAGGAGACAAGAACACCAGUGGAUUUCGAGCAGAGACUCGCUGCUGGAGAUACGACCCUCGUCACAACAGCUGGUGCACCGUCCAGCCUCUGCAGCAGCAGCACGCUGACCACUGCGUUUGUGUGGUGGGGGGCUAUAUUUAUGCCAUCGGAGGGCGAGACUACAGCAAUGAACUGGAUGCAGUGGAGCGCUAUGACCCACGCACCAACUUGUGGGAGUUUGUAUCACCUCUAAGGAGAGAGGUGUAUGCACAUGCUGGAGCAGCGUUGGACGGCAAAAUUUAUAUAACCUGUGGGCGCAGAGGCCUGGCGUACCUCAGAGAGACCUACUGUUUCGACCCUGCGGCAAAUCACUGGACAGCGUGUGCAGAGGGGCCAGUGGAGCGGGCGUGGCACGGCAUGGCUGCUGUUAACGGACGCGUUUAUGUCAUUGGCGGAAGCAAUGAUGAGCGAGGAUAUCGGCGUGAUGUCCUGAAGGUGGCAUGCUUUGACCCCACAGCCAACUCUUGGUCUUUAAUGACCCCUCUCCCCGCUGGACAUGGAGAACCCGGCGUAGCUGUGCUGGACAGUCGCAUCUACAUCCUGGGCGGACGCUCUCAUGACAAAGGCCACAGGAUGAAAUACGUUCACGUGUACAACACCGACACAGACCAGUGGGAUAACGAGACAGAGUUUAAGGAGCGCGUCUCCGGCCUGGCAGCCUGCGUGGUGCUUAUGCCUCCUGCUGUGAUCGCCCAGGCCAGGAGCUGGGAGCAGCGCACCAAGGCUUCAUGGGAAGACGUGGACAUGGACAACUCAGAGGACUCUAGUGAGGACUGAAGCAGCUGCGUUGAAUUAAAUCUAUGUGCACUAGACACUGACAUUGCACUUUUGCAAUCAUGUUGAAUUCGAAGUACUACGAGGACGUUAUUUUUGUGGCAGCAUCGUGUCCUUUUUGCAUGUUGACCACUUUGAGUGCCUCCGAACCAAAGUGUCAUUCAGGACCUUUGCACAGUCUUUGUUACGUCUCAGAUGUGAUCUUAGAUAAUCACACUCUGACUGUGAAUCCCUGCCUGCUCAAAUGCUAGUGCUACUGUUUGUCCUUGGUCCCUCAUCAGCUCCUGUCACUGUAGCUUCCUCUGUGUUGUUUAUCAUAGAGAAAACCUUUUCUAUCUUCAAGUGAAAUAAAGCAGUGAAGACUACUGGCUAUGCAAUAACAUGGUAGUGUGGAGUAAACUUCACGUUUAUUCUUUCAACACUGCUACGAUCGAGUUAUCACCACAUCAACUACUGAAUAAUCAUGAAAUCUUAACAUUGUGCCUUUUUUGUUGUUACACCUAAGUCUGUGUUGUGAAGUGUAUUUUCGUGUUUAUCACUGUAUGUUUAGAUGAAGACGAGCCUUAGGUAUUGUGCCUCCGAUAUCAUAGUUUGUUGUAAAAGAAAAAAAACCAUGUUGAACUGAUUUGGGUUUGUACCUGAAUGAUGAAGCAGUGGUGCUGCAGGUUGUAGACCUCAACUCUCAACUCUGUAGCCAUGUCUGUAAAUGAAUUCUGAGCAUCAAGUCCUGAUGUGUGUGAAAUGAAAACCAAACCGUGAUGUGGUGAUAAGUUUUGAAUCCUUUCAUUGAUCUUUCAUACUGUAUGAUUUACCAUGGCAGAAUUCAAAGAGCAAAAUCAAGAGUGGUUGUAGAAUAUUUCUAUUUGCUAAGUGGAGAUUUGCUCCACGCUUCUGUUUGUUGCCUCAGUUCUCGGUUUAAUACAGUCAGAUAAUAUGUGAAACGCCACCUCCACCACUAUGCAUCAUUUAUUUCUGUCACUGGAAAACUGCAGGAACAAGUCUGAUUUAAAAUGGAGUUUUCUUUUUCAUAGAAUGAGAGUUGUGUCUUAAGAAGCGUUGCAAUGUACUAGAACACACUGUCACACAAAAUAUGCAAAAUUAGUAUCCUAUUAAUGAGAUACGUUUUCAAAUUUAAUAAAAAUAUCUAAUAGGAUAUCACUUUUGUCUUGCACAUCAGUUGGCCGUGGCUCAUGGUCGCUGAGGGUCAUGUGCUCGGACAUUUUUGAGGAGCAGUUGGGGGUUUUAGCAACCA